UCACCAAAAAGAACCGACACAUACAUGAAUCAUUCUUGUGCGUUUGUCCGAGAACUGUUAACGGAACUGGAAGUAAACUGUAACGGGUGAAGAAGUAUCCCUUCUCUGUUGCCCACUCUAUCCUUGACCUUCUCGUUUCCACGUCCUCGCGCGUCCCGCGUCAUAGUAGCAGUCGGAAAACAAUCGAGGCGGAGCAGCGCGCAUGGCUUCAUUCUCCCGCACACGCGCAGCAUUGGCAGCACGCAAGCGCACAGUUAGCCAUCCCACAGGCAUAGCAGUUUUAUAGUUAACUGUGAAAGAAACCGGGUGAGCACCCUCUGAGCGAGCAAAAUUAUCACUGGCGCAGAGUGUUUGUUUGUUCUAGGACUUGGGAACGCUGUCAUUUGGUCCUGCAUGUCCCUGAGAGCCUGACAGUUCUCUUCAAUGGCUGCCUUUGGCUCCUCUGCCACAGUGCCUGAAGGAUUUCACUAUGAGACCAAGUAUGUCAUCCUCAGCUACCUCAGCCUGCUCCCGCCGUCAAGAUCAAGACCCUCAGAGACAGCGGAGGGAGAGAGCCAUUCUACACAGGAAGUGGAAAGAGAGCGGAAUAGCAGCCUGAAGGAACAGAUUGAGAAUGAAAUGAAGCAGCUGGAAGAGGAAAUUGCGGCCUCUUUUUCCAGGACUGGUUUUGAUCAGCUCACAUCCCCAGUGUUCAGUCCGGCCAACCCAGAAAGCUCCAUAGAAGACAGCCUGGCAGUGCUGGGGGACCGCGUCUCACGGGACCUGGACACACACCUGUUCUCAGCCACUCACACGCUUCUGAACAGUGAUUUGGACUUUGAGCACUUCAGAGCAGCGGUGGAGGAGGUGUCCUCUCAUGCUCAAGGAGGAUGGAGCAAGGUGUUGGUACCCUUAGUAUUGUUACAAGCCCUGCAGAAUGAGGGGCAGCCACUGGAAAUUCUGCUACAUUAUGGUUUGCGUUACCUUGAGGAAUGGCAAGCAGACUUCAUCAUUGAGCAGGGAGGAUGGGGCACUGUUUUCAGCCUGGAUGAAGCUGAAGACCCUGGUGUGAUCAUAGCCGAGGACAGUAACGACAUUUACAUCCUGUCAGCUGAACAGGCCUUGGAUCAGCUGAGCCCUCCUGCUUCACUACUGACUCUUGGAGAUAGCAGUGGGCCAGCUUCCUGGCAGACAGAGAGUCUUCCUGUGUCUCUGACAGGACACGAGUCUUGGGCUCAGGUUGGCAUGAUGGACCCAGAAGACGCCAAGAGUCUGGACAGCACCGAAGGAGUGGCGCUAGUCGAGGAGCAAAGCGAGAACAACUCCUCGAACUCUGACAUUGUCCACGUGGAGCGUGAAGAUGCUGAACUUCUAGAAGAAGGUGGGGAGACGGUGGAGGAAGGGGAGCUGCAGAGUAUUGUACAUGACGUGCUGGGCAGUGAAAGUGAACUCACUGCUGUCCGAGAAGAAGCACCAACCGCAGAGCCAGUGGAAACCGCAACUGAGCCGACUGUGGAAGAGAUCCCUCCACCUCCAGCCACCCCUGCUGCUGCUUCCUCAUUCCCUGUGCCUGAGCCUGAACUUCAGUCUCAGCCUGUUCCAGCUCCUGUGGAGCCACAGUCAUCUCCCCCAUCUGAUCUAGAACCCGAAGUGGUCCAAGCAACCCUAGAGCAGGAGAUACUUCCAGAGGUGGAUCUGAAGACCUCCUCCCUGGCCCAUGACCUCCCUGUCCUGACCCCUCCUGAGGUGCAGAUGAAGUCAGUGCCACAGCCCGAGUCCUCUGACCUCCCUGUGCUGCUAUAUGGCGGUGCUGCCCUGGUGGCCAUUGCUGCAGUAUUGGCUUUUGGAGCACUGGCCUACAGGAAGAAGUAGAAAGUCCGUGACUGUCCGUGACCUCACUGUAUCUCUUUCCCUAACGGAAGCCCUGUGGGUCACAGUGCCGCCACAAGCUGCACUUUAUGGGAAAUCUACUCCUCUUAUGUGUCAUACCAUUUUAUUUUCUGUUCUUGUUGCUUUUAUUUGUUGGCUUAGUCCAGCUUUAUGACUGGAGAGGAGCUUAUAGGAGAAGUCAGGUUUCUUUUGUGCUGUAUUAGUAAGCAUAGUAGUGAUUGGUUCAAUAGGCUGUGACCUAGGUUCCUGGUUCCAAAAGGAACAUCAAGGCUUCUGAUUUAGAAGAAGUAGGUUAAUUUGUGUUAGUGAAGCAUGUUUAUUCUCGUAUAUAAAUAUUUGAUUUAAUGAAGUUAGGUUUGAUUUUUAAACACAAGCUUGUGUGAGUGCAUGAUUAUGAUUUUAUCUUAUCAGACAUGAAAUAUUAAAGUGCAAAUCUUUAUGGGCUGUGCUGUUCAGAUGGAUUGUGUGACUGAUAUUCUCCCAAAAUAUAUCAGUACUUGUACAAGAUUACUCACAACAACCAAAAACAAAGUAUCCAUGCAUUCUUGAAUCAUUUAGACAUUCAUAUUAACCAUCUUUAGUGUAUAUUUUGAAUAAAUUAGGCUUGCAUGAAUCCUUUUGUUUAAUUCCCCCUUUUAAAAGUUAAAAGUAGAAGCCUAGGUCACAGCCUCAAAUGGGAAACCCCUUCACUUUGACUGAUACAUUUUAAGGAAUUUCUUCAUGUACAGCAAUUCGCUAUAAUGUGAACAUUUGUUCUGUUAGGUACAAAACAUGUUUGUAAAAACUCGUGAAAAUACUACACCAGCACAGUCAUAUUGCCAUGGCGACAGGGCACAGUUGACUGAAUUUAUCUCAGUUUCAGGAAGUGGAAGAUAAUGAUAGAUGAAAAGUCAUAUUUAGUUUUCUAAUAUGUUUCUAAGCGUGCAUUUUGUAAUUAAAUGUCCCUAAUUCUGGGUUAGAAGCGAUUUCAAUUUGUAUUUCUAGAGUAAAAAGUGAUUUGCUGUGUUAGGUAACAUUAACUGUCUGUUGCUCAAAUCAAGUGCUGACUUCAGGUUUGGGGGACCAGAAUGUCUCUUAAAUGUCUUCUGCGCCACAAAGAUCUGUCAUCGGUCCUUUGCAGUUUUUCUUUGUCUCCUCAAACUUAGUAUUUUCGGUCUUCUCUGUCUGAUUUACACCUUGCCUGUACCUUGUGCUGUUGUUUGUCCUUGAAAGCUAAAAAGGCCUGCACAGCACAGCCUUGUCACCCUCCUUUCCCUGUUGUGUGCCUAUCCAAAAGAGACUCUGCUGAUCAAAACAACAGAAAAAUUAAGCAGAAGUCACACGCACAGGCAGGAUCCACCUGUUUUGUCAGUGGUUGACAACCUCACGUCAGAGAAAAAGUGCUAUUUUUUUGCAAGUGAGGUUUUUUUGUAUCACAGAUGGAUGAAAGCUGUGAAAUAAAACUGUAUUCCAUCAAGGGUUAA